GACCUCGGAACAAAACUGCCGAUAGGUGACAUUUUCGGUACGAACUCAAAAUUGUUUUUCUUGUGUUAAUAAACAUAGCGAUUGGAAUAUGUUUUCGACAUCACCUUUAACUAAUUCAAUGUUAAGAAAUUGCAACUAAAAACAAUCAGCUGGAUAGAAAAAUGAAACGGUGGAAACAAUAUUUUCAUCGCGAUUAUAUCUUUAUUACGUGCUUUGUUAAUAAAAACAAUAAUGAUUUUUAAUGUGGUGAAUUUGAUGCAAUAUGUAAACUAAAUGGAGUAUUCUACAAUUGAAAGUAUGGAACUGUCAAGGUCACAACUUGAAACAUAUUCUGAAAAACCCUCUUUACCCCAGUAUUCGACUGGUAGUUUAGCUCUUGGUCAGGAGUACAGCCAUCUUCAUAGUAUUCUUGCAGAUGGUGGAAAUCAGUUUGGUGUAUCAUCACUUACAUUUGAUUUACAAGAAGAUCUUCUUUGGAUGGGAAAUCAAGGAGGGCAUAUAACAUCUUAUUAUGGAUCAGCACUGCAAAAAUAUACAUCAUUUCAAGUUCAUACAACUAACGAAAUACGUGAAAUGAUAACAGUUGAUACUGGUAUUUUAUCUCUAACAUGUAAUUAUAUGAGAUUGUCAUCAAGAAGAGGUUUAGCAAUUUUUGGACAUAGUUCUGAACAUAUGCAAGAUAUGCAAUGUAUGGUCUUGAUGCCAUCUGGAAAUCUUUUGGUUGGAGGGCAUCAGCCAUUUAUGGUAGAAUUUGAUCUAAAUCUAAUGGAAGAAACUGGAACAAUUGAAGUGGGAAAUAAUGGUUGUGUUAUUAUGCGACGUCAUCCACGCUUUUUAUGUUGUGGUGAUACAAGUGGAAAGAUUACAUUACGUGAUCCAAAUUCUUUGUCUGUAGAACAUACACUAGAUGCACAUUCUGGGAUGCUAUCUGAUUUUGAUGUACAUGGUAAUCUUCUUGUAACAUGUGGUUUUUCUAGCAGACAUGGUAAUUUGACUGUUGAUCGAUUUUUAAUGGUUUAUGAUUUAAGAGUUAUGCGUAGUAUGACACCUAUUCAACUUAUGUUUCCUCCAUUACUUUUACGAUUUGUUCCUGCUUUCACAUCUCGUAUUUGUGUUGUUUCUCAGAGUGGACAGUUUCAAUUAUUGGACACAGGUAAUAAUAAUCAGUCUCCUUACAUACAUCAUGUAGAAAAUGGAUGUGAAGCCAUCCUCACAUUUGAUACUUCAUCAUCUGGUCAAGCUCUUGCCCUUGGUGAUGCUGCUGGCUAUAUCCAUUUUUAUGGAGCUAGUAAUGAAGUGAACUUCAAUGCUUAUAGUCGACCCACUGAAUUUCCUGAUUCGGUUGAACCACAUCCACCUAUUGAUAUAAAUGAUGAAGUGACUCCAUUGUCUACCAUUCCAAUGCCUCAUUGUACAGGAAAAUUGCUCUCAGAUUGGCCAGAAGAAUUUAUGAAAGUUCAUUACAGAUGUACUCCUGCUAUUGAUCCCCAAAUUCUUGGUACUGUAAGAAUGGUAGGACCAAUAGGUUAUGCUCCAAAUCCUGGUAUUUUUCUUCGCAAUCAAGUGCCUUAUCCAUUGGAUAAUAGGGGGCCAGGUGCUCAUCGUGACAUAGCACGUGAGUCCCCCAGAACCACUGGUCAGCUCUUAUCUUUCCAAGAUCAGCAAAAAUCAAUUUCUUGUCUGCAAAUGAUUGCAACUCCACCAAAAUUAUGUACUCCUGCUAUUGAUCCCCAAAUUCUUGGUACUGUAAGAAUGGUAGGACCAAUAGGUUAUGCUCCAAAUCCUGGUAUUUUUCUUCGCAAUCAAGUGCCUUAUCCAUUGGAUAAUAGGGGGCCAGGUGCUCAUCGUGACAUAGCACGUGAGUCCCCCAGAACCACUGGAGAUGACACAAAUGAGAUUGUGCCCCAACGUUAUCUUAAGUUAGAAGUAAAAUAUUCAAGAACAGGUACUGAAGACAUGGAUUAUAGUCGAUAUAAUAGAACAGGAUUUUCAGGACUGGAGCCUUAUCCUCCUAAUGCUUAUUGCAAUAACAUGAUACAAGUAUUAUAUUUUAUACAACCCUUAAAAUGUGCUCUCUUAUCUCAUAUAUGUCAAAGAGAAUUUUGCUUAUCUUGUGAAUUAGGAUUUUUAUUUCAUAUGCUUGAUACUGCUCAAGGAUCACCAUGUCAGGCUAGCAACUUUUUGAGAGCAUUUCGUACAAUUCCUGAAGCUUCUGCACUUGGACUUAUUUUGUCAGAUUUAUCAGAAGCACGAAGAAAAACAAACAUUCCUCAACUAGUUCAAAGUUGGACAAGAUUUUUAUUGCAGCAAAUCCAUACGGAGACGCUGGAAAUGGUUGGAAAUGAAAAUAAUCAAAAUGAAGAAAAAUCAGAAACUGUAAUGGAUGGCAAUGUCCAAUCUUUCCUAAGCCAGUUAUUUGGAGCUCAGCUGAUAAGUCGUAAUCAUUGUAGAUGUGGAGAAGAAACAGUGCAAGAAUCCACAACUUUGCUUUGUUCUUUGGUGUAUCCCGAUUGUAUGCCUGCAGGUAAAUCUCCUAUACAAUUUAAUUUCCAUCAAAUUUUGAAAAAGAGCCUCCUAGUAGAACAAAAUAUGCCUGCUUGGUGUGAAAAAUGUGAAAAAUAUCAAGUGAUGCAACAAAGAAAGAAGCUAAAAACUCUUCCAGAUAUUUUGGUUAUUAGUUGUGGACUUGAUAAUCAACAAGAUUUAAAUUUUUGGAAAACACAAAUGGAUUUAUUGAAUAAUAUGGAAGGAAGUAACACAUUAAAAACAUUACCAGAUAUUCCUUUCACACGUAAGCCUUGCCGAUAUGGAAACAGCUGUAAUAGAGCUGACUGCAAAUUUCUCCAUGAUAAAGAACAAAAUACUAGUUCUACACAACAGCAACCUGUUACAUCUUGGCUACCUUCAUCUUUGAGAAUUAAACUUGAUGAAGAAAAUGAUGAUAUUAUUGUAGAGAACAUUUCAGAUUUAAUGGAUCAAAGUGAAGAUUCAGAGAAUAAAACAAAUUGUUUACUUGACGAUGAUUAUGAAUUAAUUGCAGUUGUAAAUGUGAUUAAUGAUCCAAAAGAAUAUCGGGAUAACAUAAUCAGUUGUAUUAAGGUAAAUAAUGAUCAGAAAGGAAUUCAACAAUGGUAUUUGUUCAAUGAUUUCAGUAUUACACCAAUUACAGAGCAAGAAGCACUAUUUAUAAAUUUAGAAUGGAAGUUACCUUGUGUUCUUUAUUAUAGUUGUUGCAAUGUUAGUAAAAAACAUUCGUGUGAAGUUAGGAAUCCAAUCUCAGAGCAAGUGUUUCGAGAAGAUGUAUCAUUAGCUGCAAGGGGUGGACAGUCUCACAUAAUGUUCACUCCUUUGAAACCUGAUGAAAUGCCAAAGGCUGGCCAAAUAGUUGCUAUGGAUGCUGAAUUUGUUACUCUUAAUCAGGAAGAAGCAGAAAUUCGUAGUGACGGAACAAGAUCUACUAUAAGACCAUCACAGUUAUCCGUAGCUAGAAUUUCAUGUGUUCGUGGGGAUGGUUCGUUACAAGGUGUUCCAUUUAUUGAUGAUUAUAUUUCAACUCAAGAACAGGUUGUUGAUUAUUUGACUAAGUUCUCUGGGAUUCAGCCUGGAGAUUUAGAUGUAACACUCUCUUCUAAACAUCUAACUACUUUAAAAGCUACUUAUCAGAAAUUGAGAUUUCUUGUGGAUAUAGGAGUAAAGUUUGUUGGUCAUGGAUUGAAAACUGAUUUUCGUGUAAUUAAUUUAGUGGUUCCUUCUCAUCAGAUAGUCGACACAGUUUUAUUAUUUCAUUUGCCAAAUAAACGAAUGGUAUCAUUGAGAUUCUUAGCUUGGCAUUUUUUAGUUAGGAAUCCAAUCUCAGAGCAAGUGUUUCGAGAAGAUGUAUCAUUAGCUGCAAGGGGUGGACAGUCUCACAUAAUGUUCACUCCUUUGAAACCUGAUGAAAUGCCAAAGGCUGGCCAAAUAGUUGCUAUGGAUGCUGAAUUUGUUACUCUUAAUCAGGAAGAAGCAGAAAUUCGUAGUGACGGAACAAGAUCUACUAUAAGACCAUCACAGUUAUCCGUAGCUAGAAUUUCAUGUGUUCGUGGGGAUGGUUCGUUACAAGGUGUUCCAUUUAUUGAUGAUUAUAUUUCAACUCAAGAACAGGUUGUUGAUUAUUUGACUAAGUUCUCUGGGAUUCAGCCUGGAGAUUUAGAUGUAACACUCUCUUCUAAACAUCUAACUACUUUAAAAGCUACUUAUCAGAAAUUGAGAUUUCUUGUGGAUAUAGGAGUAAAGUUUGUUGGUCAUGGAUUGAAAACUGAUUUUCGUGUAAUUAAUUUAGUGGUUCCUUCUCAUCAGAUAGUCGACACAGUUUUAUUAUUUCAUUUGCCAAAUAAACGAAUGGUAUCAUUGAGAUUCUUAGCUUGGCAUUUUUUAGAUCUUAAAAUACAGUCGGAAACUCACGAUUCUGUCGAAGAUGCCAAAACAGCUUUACAGUUAUAUAAGAAGUAUCAACAACUGUAUAACAAAGGAGAAAUUCAAGAACGUUUAAAGGAACUUUACGAGAUAGGAAGACUCUUACAAUGGAAAGUACCUGGUACCAACGAUUAACAUUUGAAAUUUAAUAAAUUUCACCUUAAAGACAGUUCUGCCUAGCAGAAAAUUUAAAAAAGAAAUACUUUUUUAUUUA